CUUAUCAAUCGGAUGGCCAUUCACUAGUGAAACCAUGUUCGUUGAAAACGCCAUACAGGUUUCGACAUUGAAUACAGCGCACAUCACGAUCAGGUGAAUGCUCGUCGUUAUACAUUGGUAAGACUGCGAUGAUGAAUCCGAGGACGCGCUGCUGCAUGGUCCUCGUGGGCUGCCUGAUGUUCUUUACCGGCAUCCUUCUGGCGGCUGUGGGCGGAGUCAUACUCUUCCACACGGAACUGAUGGACGGCUACUUGACGCCGCUCGUGAAGCUGCUGCAAGCCGGAGGUGGUACCGGAAGUGACGUCUGGUCUAUCUACCAUAUGACGUCCGUGUCGUUUUUGGCGACGGGAGUUUUCGUUUCGAUUGUUGGUAUAUGGGGAUGCAUGAUAUCUUGGUGCCCAUCUAAGAACAUCCUUGUUGGUCACAUGGUUGUGACGUCCAUUUUGGCGUUUCUACACCUGACUAUGGCUGGACUCAUCAUCACGAUGGAUAUCGAGGCAGAUUACAAAGAAACGCUGAGAUCUAAUCUUGUGAACUACUACGAGGGAGAGAACUCGAGCUCCGAAUAUUCCCGAGCUUGGAAUAACGCCUUUGCGCAGCUAGCUGACCAAGGCUACUUCCUGUUCCCUCAUCAGCUGCACUGCUGCGGCGCCGAGUCGGCUGAGGACUUUCAGAUUGCUGUCGUCUGGGAUCGGCCUAGCUACGGGGAGAACCAGACGGCGUUAGUUCCGGCCACGUGCUGCAUACUUUCGGACGAAAACUAUGUAACGAUGUCAUCAGUAAACUGCACCACGAAAACAACGUCGGAAAAUUCUUACUUUGAUCAGCCGUGCUGGAUCAAGAUUGAAGAAUACUUUUGGUAUUACGGCAUUCUCAUGUGCGCUUGCGCGAGCGGAAGUGUCGUCAUUGAGUCGUUGAGUAUUUGCGUAUUCAUCUUGGCAUGCAUGGAGAUAACGAAAGAAGAACAGCGCAUGCGCACAAGGAAACGGAAGUCGUCCAUAACACCUUAUAUGGAAGGAUUCUAUUCCCCCGGGAAAUUUCCAAUUUCAUCAUAAACGUUGAUUAUUCAGUGUUAUCUGUGUUUUUAUGUACAUGCAGUUGCAUUUACUUUAUAUUUUGCAUUUUAUUAUGAAAUGGCAGAAAUGUUAAGUGUGCCUAAUUACUGAUAUACAGAUUCUGCGUUUUUUUUCUACUAAAAAUAAAUAAAUUACUGUUGAAAGUUUCUUUGACAUACUUUUUAACUGUGAAAUAAAACAACUCCCACCUCGUUUUUUUUCACAAAAUCAAAGAUCGGGUCAUCGUGACAAAAAUAACAACAUGAGGUAUAUUAGAACGUGUAUUGUUAUAACUCAAUAAGUACAUUAAAAUGGUCCUUAUACUUUUAAUAAAGUUGUGAUGCAUGCUA